UAUGAAAAGAUGAAGGGUUUAUCUUAUCCCAAGUUAAAACUGGUGGUGGCUAUCAGCUUCUAUUUUCCAGAAUACAAACUUUGCUAGCUUGAGAAAGAGCAUGGUCUUCAUGUUGAUCAUGAUCAAUAUUCAGAGUUGGCUGCAGAAGCCAAAGGUAUGGAGAUUUGUGUGUUUCUUUUCAUCUGUUGUUGGACUGCUCUGUUACGCUUUCAGCUCUUCUUUCAAUAAUCUAUUUGGAAAGUGGACAUGGUGGAAGAUAUUACUUUACAUUGGUUUUAGUUUCAUUAUCUGCCUUACUGUCUUGUUUGCAAAGGUUUGGGAGUGCUCCACCUCUCCUCGGGUGGAAGCUCACAUGGCCUUUUUUAUUUUGAUGAUCACUUCUGUGUAUGCUUUUUUCUUCGAUAAAGAAGUGAAAGGGAAACCAGACGCAUAUAGCCUUGUUUCAUGUGCUGCAUUUGCAAUCAUGUCUUUGGCUUUAUCAAGAUUGAGUCAUUUUGGUUUUGAGGUUGAUCUCUUACACUUUUUCAGUGGAGUCCUAACAAUACAACUCAUGAAAAUAAAGUUAUGGUUAGUCAUUGUUGGAGGGAGUUUCAGUUAUUCCCUCAUCAUUCUUCGUUCCUCUUUGGUUGCUCCAAGAAGUGGGUAUCAUGGACUCCAAGACCGAGAUCACGAUCAUGUAGUCAUUGAAUUUGGUUCACAUUCACAAUCGCAAGGAACCAGAACCAGUCCUAGUGUUACUCAAGUGGAUUCGCCCCAGGCUAUUGUAUCUGUGGCACAAGAGGCUGAUCCCCCUCCAGAAAAUGAGGAUCAAGGAUUGUUAGUCACUCAAUCACAAGGCAACAGUGACAGUGAAGAUAAUAGUAAUAUAGUGGCGCAGUUCAUGAGUUGUAUAGGCACUCUUAAGAAGGAGAAUCAGAACCUUAUCCUCACGAUAUUCAAGCAUGUAGAUGAAUUCCUUAAAGCUGAUUAUGUCAUUAAGGACCAUAAUAUUCAAUUGCUCAAGUUGCAUAAGGACGACAACUUGGUGGCGGAUUCCUUGCCAUCUGAAAUUAUUAAGGACCUUCGUGAAAGCACAAGGCUGAUGGUGACAACAGGGUUAAAGGAGGAAUGUUUACAUGUGUACAGUACAUGCCGGAGGGAGUUUCUGAGUGAGAUUCUAUCCGCAUUGGAAGAGCUCAACAUGAAGGACAUUGACGAGGUGGCGAAGAUGCGGCAUGCCAUAAAAGUUAUGUGUGUAGCUAAUAGGAUUGUACUACCCAAUGAAAGGAGACUCUGUGAAAAGGUCUUUGAAGGGUUCAUUCACUGUGAGGAUUUGUACCCUGCAUUAGGAAGAAUAGAUGUGUUUCAGUUCUGGAAGAACCCUGUAUUACCCGUAAUAGAUGCAGUCAGGUUGUGGGAGAGUAUAGGCAUUCAGCCUCCAAUAUACAGAAUAAAUGAGUCCAGGUUUGACGACUUGUUAUAUCUUACUUAUAGUGUUAAGGAGCAGGCCAGUGUUCCCAGCGGCAGGAAUUAUCGGAUUAGCAUUGAUGUGUUGGACUACAUUGAGAUUUUAUAUCAGAAUUGGAGAGGUUUAUUCAAAACCAUGCUUGAUAAAGAGGGAAAGUUACUGUAUGGACACAUAGCCAUGAUUACAGACCUAUUAGACAGCAGUUUGGAAGCCAUCUCCAAAAAUUACAAUGACCCUAGUUUGGGUUACCUUUUCAUCAUCAACAAUAGGAGGUUCAUAGAGAUAAGUGCAAAACGGCGAGGAUUGAGUCCUAUUUUUGGCGAUGAUUGGCUUCGAAAAAACACAGCAAAAUUCCAACAAAACCUUGAACUCUAUCAAAGAAGCUCGUGGAGUAAGAUUCUGAACAUUUUGAAACUGGACAUCAAUGAGUCAGAGCCUAAUGUUGCAGCUAAGUUAAUGAAAAACAAGCUUUGUUCCUUCAAUGAACACCUUGAUGAUAUAUGCAACACUCAGGCUACCUGGUCUGUUUUAAAUGAGGAGUUAAGGGAACAAAUAAUAAAAUCCAUAGAAAACAUCUUGUUGCCUGCAUAUGGAAACUUCAUUGCGAGAUUGCAGGAUUUUCUUGGUAAUCAUGCUUUUGAGUACAUUGAGUAUGGAAUGUUUGACAUUCAAGAUCGACUCAAUAAUUUGUUUCUUGUAAGAAUGUAGAUGAAUGAAUCUGAUGCUGAAAGAGAAACGUGCCCUUGUGCUUAUACCAUUGUACGUCUCUACACAAAAUCACAAAUGAAUGUGUUAAGUUUAUUGGUAUAUUUAUCUCUCUUUCCUUUGGCUUUUCAAGUGGAAUUCAAAGUCUAGACUUGUCAUUGUUGUCAAGCAAUAACUGACUUGAAGUGACAUCAUGUUUAACUUUGGCAACGACAAAUCCAAAAUGUUCUAGUUAGAGGAGCCAAAAGAAAUAAUAUAAUCAGUCAAUAAGGAUGCCAUAAAUGUUGGAAUUAUAGAAGACAAGUUGAUAAAGGAAUGGUUUUCUGCUUGAAUGUAUUGGAAUUUUGUUGGCUUCAUAAGUUA